ACGAAUCUAUUUCAGUUGAGCUUUUCUGGAGAGAAGUCAUAUAACAUUGGUAUAAAUCAAACAACAGUUCUCUUAAUGAGAAAUUAAUAGAAGCUUAUUCAUUAAAUAUUUAUAAUGGAUUCCCUUUUGAAAUAAUUGAUGGAGAAACAUUUUAUUAUCCAUACGAAUUCUUAAAAAAAUGCUUUUCUCAUUAAUUAUUUACAAAUAAAAAAUUUUGUAUCAUAAGCAUAAUAGGACCACAAAAUUCAGGUAAAUCAACCUUAUUGAAUUAUUUCUUAGGAUGUGACUUUUACGUGAGUGAAGGGAGAUGUACGAGAGGAAUAUAUGGCACUCUCGUAAAGUCAAAGGUACCAUAGUUUGACUACAUAUUAGUAAUUGAUUCUGAAGGUCUUUUAUCAUAAGAGAAAAAAGAUCCAGAUUAUGACAGAAAACUAACUCUAUUCUGCUUAUCAGUGAGCUAAUUCCUAAUCAUUAACGUUAAAGAGCUAACAACAGAAAUAAGUAAUAUAUUGGAGCUUUGCAUUGAUGUCUCAACUGAUUUAAAAACUAAUAAAAUACCUAAAAAAGUAGUUGAGAUCGUUUUUAAUUAAAAAGGGGAUCCAAAUAACUAAAACAAUU